AUGUCAAAACUCCUUGAAAAACGUCUAAAUGCUUGUGCAAAGUUCGACGAUAAUAAAUAUUACACAGAGUUUCAAAGCUAUUACAAUAUUGUCGCUCAAGUGCAUUCAGUAGUUUUGACUGUCAGAAAUGUCUAUGUUCUACGUGUUUGGAGAGGCUCAUCGUUUGGACCAAAGCAUCUAAAGGAAAGGCGAGAAGCUCAAAUGUGUCACAUAGACAAAGAAAUGUUUGGAUCCUAUAUCGUUCCACCAGAUAUACAAGUUAUGAGAAUUAUCGAAAGAUUCGGAAAAUCGGAUUUAAUCGAGAUUGUUGUCUAUGAUGAUCAUAUUGAGACUGUGAAGAAAUUAAAGUCCCUUGACUUUGUUGCAAUUAAAAACGUCCAUGCUUAUGUGAAAGGCGACAAUCUAACAAUGACUCUUCAUGGUGAAAAUGGGGGAAAACAUGAUCGUGGAAUCUGGGUGGUUCCGGAAAAUUCUGUGAAUUUGAAUUUCCAAAGAAUGAAAACACAGUGUGCUGAGUGGUUGCUUAUUGUGCAAAGCGACCCUAAUGAAUAUCGAGAAUUCGGAAUUUCUGAUUCUGAUGAAUCAAACUCGGAUGUGACUCUUAUUCAAAAGGAUCUUGACGAGAAUCAAAUAGCGAAAGCUUGCAAUAAAAUUGUUAUUGGAGAUCACAUUUCUGUUGAUUACUUUCAGCAAUCUUCAAAAUGCAACUAUCACUUUCUCACUCAUGCUCACUCUGAGCACUGCCGCGGAAUCAAUGCCAAGUUUCCACAUAAAGUUUAUUGCAGCAAGGAAACUGCUAAAAUUUUGAAUUUAAUUGUUGGAGAACCCCUUCCGGAAGACACGAUCCAACCUCUCGACCUUAAUAUUCCCUAUAAAUUCGAAAAUUUUCAAGUCACUGCAAUCGAUGCGAAUCAUUGUCCUGGAGCAGUGAUGUUCGUGUUUCAAGGACCUUUAAUCGAUGAAAUCGCGGGCGGUCCGAUUCUCUGUACUGGCGAUUUUCGAGCAGAAGCAUCGUAUAUGCGACAGUUUGAGAAUGAGAAACUCGGUUGGGUCAAGGACAUAUCUUUUGCAAGAAUCUAUCUGGAUAAUACGUAUUUCUCCGUCGAUGUUGCUUUUACUUCAAGAGAGAUUUCAGAACAAUUACUUCAAAAAGAGAUUAUGAAUCAUCCGGAUGCUGAUAUCGUGCUACCACUACACCAGCUCGGUCAGGAACGUAUAAUCGAAAAUCUGUCUUACAGAAUAUACGAACCGAUUUUUGUGUAUCCGGAAAAAUUGGCUAUCGGCAAAGUUUUGGGAUUCUUUUACGAGUAUGGAAUCGCAAAUCAGAAACGACAGAUCCAAGUGGUGGAAAAACGCGAGUGGACGAUGCCAGAUGCCCUAGGAAAGCCAAUAAUUGUCAUCGAGGUCACACAAGUUGAUCAUCUAUACGGAGGAGUUUCUGAAUCCGAUCCUAACAUCAGAGUUCCCUACUCCGACCACUCGUCGCGCGAGGAGAUUCUGAAAUUUUUAGAAUGUUUUCAAUUCAAUGAGAUCUACCCAACCUCCAAGUCCUACUCAAAAGCUGAAUUCAAGACAAUGAUGCAAGCUGGAAAAACAUUUACAGAGAAAAAUUUGGAGAAACAACUUGAACUCCACUCCUUCGUUGAAAAGACUCCUGAAAUAAGGAUUCCAGGACGAUUUCAUCGAUCCGAUUAUCCGGAAGGAGAGUGGCGAGACGAUCAGGAAGAAUAUAUGGUUGGAGAUCUGGAUGAGUGGGAGGAAGGACCACCGGAGACGGUUCCGGAGCCUAUGAAUAUGGGAUGA